AUGGUGUCAACAGAAGGGAUUACCGUGGAUCCACACAAGGUAGAUGAUAUGUUGACAUGGGAACCACCUACCUCAGUGACAGAGACAGAUAAGUGUGAGUUGGCAUUUCAAGGGCUAAAGAGGAAACUGACGUCUGCUCCAGUACUGGUUAUUCUUAAUCCUCAAUUACCAUAUGUGGUUUAUACGAAUGCAUCAUUGAAAGGUUUAGGGUGUGUUUUAAUGCAAGAUGAGCGAGUUGCUGCUUAUGCCUUAAGACAACUACGACCGCAUAAGGAGAAUUACUCGACUCAUGAUCUAGAGUUAACAGCAGUGGUUUUUGCCUUGAAAAUUUGA